CUCCUCGGACAGCUCUUUCCACUCAGGUGCGACUGGUUCGGCAUUUAUUUCCUACAAAACGACAAAAAAAGAAGGCUCUGGAAGAUGGAUAAACAAUAUAUAACAGUGAGCCCCACCGACGACGUCGACGUUAAGACCGAGAAUGAACCUCAACCGAAGAAAUACCGCUACGUACGCAAAGAGGGCAACUGCAACGUGGUGUUCCGCCGCGUUCCCGAGGAGUGGCUGCUGUUCGUGACGGACAUCUUCACCACCUUGGUGGAGAUCAGGUGGAGGGUGAUGUUCCUGAUCUUCGCCCUGUCUUACAUCCUGUCUUGGCUUUUUUUCGGCAUCCUCUACUGGGUGAUCGCUCUGGCUCACGGUGACCACAGAAACACGAGUGACCCCUGCAUGUACGAGGUGCGCAGCUUCACAGCUGCUUUCCUCUUCUCCCUCGAAACCCAAACGACCAUCGGCUACGGUUACCGAGGGAUGUCCGAGAACUGCAUGAUCGCCAUCAUCGUUGUCACCGUGCAAGAUGUCAUCAGCUGCUUCAUUGACACGUUCGUCAUCGGAAUUGUUGUUGCCAAAAUGGCCUCGGCCAGGAAGAGGGCGCAGACGGUGGGCUUCAGCAACUGCGCCAUCAUAAAUCUCCGCGACAACUACCUGUGUCUUUCCUGGAGGGUCGGGGACUUCCGCAGGCACCACCUGGUGGAGGGGACGGCUCGCGCUCAGAUCGUCCGCUCCACGGUGCACGCCACGGGGAAAAUGGACGUGACAUUCGAAGACCUGGUCAUCCAGCAGAGAGACAUCACCCUGGUCACACCCACCACCAUCUUCCACAGGAUCGAACUAGGCAGCCCGCUGUACAAUAUGAGCUUGAAGGAUCUGCGGAAAGCAGACUUUGAGCUGGUGGUGUCGUUCACCUACACGGACGACUCCUCCGGUAUGCUGCACCAGACCCGCACCUCGUACACUCCGGCCGAAAUCCUCUGGGGUCAGCUGUUCCAGGAGAUGAUCAGGGUCAGCAGGAGGAACUACGGGGUGGAUUACAGUUUGUUCAAUCACACCGCCAAGGUGCUGGUGCCCGAGGUCAGCGCUGAGGAGUACGAACACAAGAAGCAGUGGCGGCCAUCUCCCCGGCAUUCCCCGCGACUUUCACCCAGAUCUUCGCCGCGCCCCUCCCUAAGGUCACAGCAGCGAAAUCAUCAUGAAAAGCUUCUGAAACCCCCAACGGUAACGGUGGAACUCGUGAACGAUAGUCCCCCCGAACCAACUGUUUCGACAUCUCAGGAAGACGAUCAACAUCAAGACAGGUUGACUCUGCCCAAUGACCUCACAAAUAUAGAAAUAUAAAAGCAGAACCAUGAUGUUUGAGGCCGCCGUUUAUUAAGACACUGUGUUAAUUGUCCAUCUUUUCAAAGAAGCGACUGCUAAAGAAGAAUAUUGAGGAUGCUACUGAAUAUCAUUUACUGGAAGAAAGAAAAAAAAAAGGGUUCUGGUAUCUGUUUCUUAGCAUGUGAUAAAAAAAAGUGACACUUCAGCUGGAAUCUGUCUUUUGAGUAUCAAAGACUGAACCCUUGGAGGCUUGAAAGAUGGCGCCUGGCCCAAUGAGAGCCGCUCAUCCAGAACGUAGGUGGCAUGUAGGCUAUUCAAGGCAGGUUCCUUAGCCGUGGUUUUUAAAAACAGUACAGGCUUUACACUAUGUGUAGCCAGCUAGCAAGAGUGCUAACCACAAUUAGCCUACCAAUGACUUACGCUGUCUUGUGGCCAUCGCCUUGCAGAUCAUAGCGGUCCCUCGAACAUCUCCUAGCCCUCCAUUAAAAAGCUCCACCUUCAAGUGCUAAAGACGGAAGGAUUGGCAAAAGUUUUACAAACAUUAAACUUCCAUAGUUUCCCAAUACGAAGAGUCCACGGCCACACCAGUUUUUAACACGCUCACAAUGGCAAAGCUAGCAUGUUGCUAUUUAGCAGAUCUAUUGUUUACCUUGUUUGCCCUCUUAGUUUAGCUUGUUGGCGUGCUAACAUUAACAGAUUUGAGACGUGUAAACGGAUAUUUUGAGCGAUGAGACAUUUUUUACAGCCACAUUUCAAGCCUCCGGGUACUCAGUACUUUGCACACAGAAUAUAAAUACUUGGUGGAUGACAUCACAGUACGAAACCUAUAAAGUACAGAGGCUCGCCAUUUGAAAUAUAGACACCGUUUAAUGAAUUUUAUUAUUUAUAGGGUAAUUGUAAUAUUCAGAUUACGGUGAUUGUGAAUUUGAGGGGAAGCAAGACAAAAAUAAUAUUUAAGUGUAUUUCUGUUUUUUUUAACUUUAUAUCGUACUCGUGGGGAAAUGGUUUCAUCAACUGUGUUUUCCAAAUUCAAAAAUGAACUUUAAAUCUCGAUCUUUAAGGCAACGUGGAUGACAAAGUCCUUAAAAUGACUCGGUAGCAUUCUGCUGAGGAAGCUCAUGUAACACAAUCAGAAAGCUCCAGAACAGUUACUAAAUGGACCGUGUGGUGGGAUUUUCUUGUCAACUGUUUAUAUAAAAAAAAAUAUUGUGUAAAAAUAAAUGAUGUGAAAGGAAAGGAUUGAUUUACUUGUUUAAAAAGAAGGUUCCUACAUUUUCAUUCCUUCAUUUGAUGUGACUUCUACUCACUAUCACUAAAGUUUAAAGUUUAGAUUGUAAAACGGGAAAUAUAUAUCGACAUGAUAUCAAAAAUUAAUUCAAAAUACCAAUAAUUAACCCUACAAAGAUUUUGCAAUAUAUCGAUAUCGAGGUAUUUGUUAGAAUAUUUUGUGAUGUUUUAUUCAUAGGGGCGACUAAUGUACUUUAUUGUGAGUAAAAUCAAGACAUGUGACAAACAUGUAAAUGUUAUUGUUUGUGGUGAAGGAUUUCCAUUUGUUUAGUAAUUACCAGGAGGUCAAGCAAUUCUAAACCGGUUCACUGGUGAACUUUAUUGACUUGUAUAUAUAUUAUUAACUUGAAUAUCUUAUGAACAAAAGACUAUGAUGAUCUGUUGUUGUCUAAUGUUUAUUUUUCAGCAUUUAGCAUAGAUUUGAAAGAACAUCAUAACAAUAUUGCUCAUAAGACAAUACCAGU